AUGACCCUCUCGUCCCUUCUCCGCAUUACUCCCCGCCUCGCCCCGACUGCCGCCCGCAGAACAACAAGGGCCGCAUACUCCGUCUCAACCACACCGCACAAAACAAACUCACUUGAUUCAAUUCUAAUUGCGAAUCGGGGAGAAAUCGCGCUACGUGUUGGACGCACAGCGGCGGAACAUGGCAUUCGCGUGACAACUCUCUACACCGACCCUGAUAGCCGAUCUCAGCAUGCCUUGAGCUCCCCCUUUGCUUUCAACCUGGGCUCAGUCUCGGCAUACUUGGAUGGGGAUCGAAUCAUCGAAAUUGCUAAGAGGGAAGGCUGUCGCGGGAUACACCCCGGAUAUGGCUUUUUGAGCGAGAAUUCCGCUUUUGCGAAGAAGUGUACCGAGGCUGGCAUAGUAUUCAUUGGCCCUCCAUGGAAGGCUAUCGAGGACAUGGGUGACAAGAGUCGGUCGAAGGAAAUCAUGCUUGCGGCCGGCGUGCCUUGUGUCCCCGGAUACCAUGGUGGUAACCAAGAUCCUCAAUUCCUCGAAGCCGAAGCUGAUAAGAUCAAGUACCCUGUACUCAUCAAAGCUAUCAAGGGUGGCGGUGGUAAGGGUAUGCGGAUUGCCAGCUCCAAGGCUGAGUUCCAGGCUCAACUCGAAUCUGCAAAGUCCGAGUCCCGUAACUCAUUCGGUGAUGAUAACGUGCUCGUGGAGAAGUACAUUACGACUCCACGUCACAUCGAGGUCCAGGUAUUUGCCGACAAGCAUGGCAACUCGGUCGCUCUUGGUGAGAGAGAUUGCAGCAUUCAACGAAGACACCAAAAGGUUCUGGAGGAGUCACCAGCGCCUCACCUCCCAGAGGCGACCCGUCAAGAUCUAUGGGCAAAGGCUCGCUCUGCCGCUCUAGCUGUUGGCUACGAGGGCGCCGGCACCGUGGAAUUCAUCUUCGACAAUGACAGUGGCGAUUUCUAUUUCAUGGAGAUGAACACUCGGUUGCAAGUGGAGCACCCAGUGACUGAGAUGGUGACUGGCCAGGACCUGGUUCACUGGCAGAUCAUGGUUGCCGAGGGUGCCCCGCUACCCUUAACACAAGAGCAGGUGGAAGAACACAUUGCUCGGAGUGGCCAUGCGAUCGAGGCCCGUAUCUAUGCAGAAAAUCCUGAACAGGGGUUCAUUCCAGACUCUGGGCGCCUCAUUCACGUCCGAACUCCCGCGACGAGUGAGGAUGUCCGGAUCGAUGCGGGAUUUGUCGAAGGUGACGAUGUCUCGGCGCAUUACGACCCAAUGAUCUCCAAAUUAAUCGUCCGUGGUGAAACCCGAGAGGAAGCCCUCCGUAAAUUGGCCGCUGCAUUGGAAGAGUAUGAGGUGGCCGGCCCAGUCACAAAUAUUGAGUUCCUGAAGACAAUCUGCCGAAGCCCUGAUUUCAUUGCCGGCGAGGUUGAAACUGGCUACAUUGAGAAACAUCGAGAAGAGCUUUUCGCCGAAAAGAAGAUCGACGACGAAGUGCUUGCUCAGGCUGCUCUUGCCUGUCUACACCGUGAUUCCCAUUCCGCAUCGCAGACUUCCGGCGGAUUGGCAGGAAGUGCGAUCGGAUUCGCUCCGAGCUACCAGGAGCGAAAGCUGUCGUUCACUCUAUCAAAAGGACCCAAUACAGAAGGGCCUAGCUUCAGUGUAAGCGUGAAACAAACGGCCGAUCAAACCUUCGACAUCAAAGUGGGCGACAGGGUUUUUGAGCAAGUGGAGAGUCACAUGAACCCGUCCUCUCAUAUUGUCACCUCAUUCUUCCCUCAUACUCGCCUGGACACGACCGUUGUCCGUGAUGAGGAUACUAUCAUCGCGUUCCAGAAAGGAAUGCAAUAUCGACUGACGGUGCCACGGGCAAAAUGGAUGGAGAAGGCGCUGGGCAUGAAGGAUAUUGCCAACAGUGUUUUAGCACCGAUGCCGUGCAAGAUUCUACGCGUGGAUGUGCAAGCUGGCGACGUCGUGGAGAAGGACCAGCCCUUAGUGGUGAUUGAAAGUAUGAAGAUGGAGACUGUCAUCCGCAGCCCGCAACAAGGAAAGAUUGCGCGUGUCGUCCACAAGCAAGGCGACCAAUGUAAGAGCGGAACACCCCUAGUUGAGUUCGCUGAUGCGGAAGCGCAAUGA